AUGACGACGGCGGCAGUGAAGCGGGCGUGUGACGCCUGCCAUCGUCGCAAGGUGAAAUGCGACGGAAUCACGCCUUGUCGCAAUUGCUCGGCCUCCCAGCUGGCCUGCACCUACAAUGCGGUCCCGCAAAAGAAGGGACCGAAGGGGUCCCGAGCCAAGGUCAUCAACGAACUGAAGGAGACGCAACGCCAAACCAGCCUCUCGGCCAAGUUGCACGGUGGCAUGAACGGCGGCAUGUCGAGCCCGACUCUCGCUCCGACGCCGGGGCUUUUGACCAAGGAGAUGCUCAAGACGUGCAUCGAGUUUUUCUUUGCCCACAUGUACCCGACUCUCCCGAUACUCGAACGCCAGCGCCUCGAGCACGACGCCAUGUACCUGGACCAGAAUCUCGACACCUACUGCCUCCUGACGUCCUUCUGCUCGUUUGUCUGCCUCCAGCCGGGCAUGGUGAUGCCCGGCACCAUGCCCGGUGCGGGAAUGAACGACCCCUUUGGUUCCGACAUGAUGAUGUCUGGCAACAACAUCGUCACCAGCACGCAUCUCAUGGACGAGGCGAUCCGAGUCCGUAAGGGUUACGACUAUGUGGCUUCGCCAACCGUCAACAACCUCUGCACAAGCUACUUUUUGUUCGCGGUACACCACGGUUUGGCUCUGCACGACAAGGCGUGGUUCCAUUUGCGCGAAGCCACAACCCUGACGCACAUGGCCAAAUUGAACGAGGAACAAACCUAUCUGCAGUACGACGGCAACGAUGCAUCACGGCGCAGGCGCUUGUACUGGCUCCUUUUCGUGACCGAACGCGCCUAUGCUCUACAACAUCGUCGCCCGCUGACACUCCAAGCCAGCAUCAACCCCCCAACCCCCCAGGAACACCCCGCCGAUCCUUUUGUGAACCACGGCACGAGAUCUUUGCGCAUGAUUAACCUCUUCCGAGGUUUUGACGAAAGCUUGACCCCGCUUUGGACCAAGUCAAGAGCCGAGUGUUCUGAUUCAUACCUCGCAACCCUCGACAAGCAGCUUCAAGAGGUGAUGUCUCCGUACGCAAAUGACACGCAGGCUCAACUCGCCGAAAUGCUCAACAACCAGCAAUGGCUGAAGCAUAAAGCUUGGGGCCUAAGCGCAGCGACCGGCAACGGAAACAACCCCGAGCCUUCGUAUAUGGAUAAUAUCCAAGAUCUUCUCCCGAUGGUGUCACACUUCCAUGGCAACUUGGGUUUGCAGGGCCUCAACCUGUGUGAGCAUUUGUUCAAUGUCACUUGCGCCGUGACCGACAUCCUCGCCAUCCUUCCAGCACCCCGGACACCCUUCAGGACUCAGCUUGGACCCCAGGACGAGCUCCGCAAGAUCUUGAACAUCGUAACGGCUAUCCGCAACGGCGACCAUCGAUUCCUCCCGCUAUUGCUGAGCAAGGUCGCCUUGGCUCUUCCGAAGCUUGCCAGCCCAAUGCUUGAAAACGAGCCGGAGAGCGCCAUCCCCUGCAAUAUGGAUAUGGAUAUCUUUGAUGGGUUCGGCAGCAGCAGCAUGUGUCCGCCGGCGGUUUAUUCCUCGGCAGACUACGACAAUAAAUAUGCCGUCCCACGCUUCGAUGACAUGAGCUCGGAUUCCAACAUUCCCCAGCGAUCACUGUCCCCUGGUGUGGAGAUGCCUCGUAACCUGCAAACCGAGUUCACUUCCAUACCCGAGAUGACGGUCAUGAGUCCCAUAACCCACGCACCGCCCUCGUUGGGCACGCCGGGAGGUAUGAAUCACCAACCGCAUCACCAUCCACACACACCGCUAUCGCCGUAUCCAAAUUCGAACCCUCAUAUGCAGGGUUUGAAUGCCAACAAUGUCAACCCGCCGCCCAACAUAAGCCUCGCCUCUCAAAUGCACCCCGGUCAGGGGCUCGGCGGUGGGAUAAACAACGGCCUGGGGCAAGGAGUCAACAACAGUAACUUGAUGGCCAGAGCGCCUCCGCAACGAGCGAACAGUUAUGCCGCGAACUUGACCCAAAUACGAACGGUCGGCGACUUCCAUGCACUUCAAAGGUCUAAUACGGACAUGAACCAUCCCAUGGGCUCGCUUGCGAUGAGCCCAUUAGAACCCGGCAUGGACUUCAACUCCUUGUCAAGAUAG